GUUUUUAGUCAAUAUUCAGAUUUAAGAACACAGGAUCCGAUCGGUAUGUUUAAGCAAACCUGUUCCGACCUGACCAAGCUGCCGAAGCAGCGGGUUCGCCAGUGGCUGUCCUCCAUCGAAUCGGUGAUCUGCGAUGCGGACGGAGUCCUUUGGCACUUUGCGAAGGCCCUCGAUGGGGCAGUGGAUACCUUUAAUCAACUGAGUACCUCCGGCCGAAAGACCUUCAUUGUGUCGAACAACUCGGAGAUUUCGAGAUUGGAUAUGGCCAACAAGGCAAAGGAUCUGGGCUUUACGAUCGAGGAGGAUAGUGUCCUGACCUCGGCCUUUUCGUGUGCCAAUUUUCUGCUCAUGAAGAAGUUCCAGAAGAAGGCAUUCGUCAUGGGCGAAAGAGGAAUCCAUCAAGAACUGGAGAAACUUGGUGUUUGUUCUACGAAAGUUUCCGAAACGCUGCAGAGGCCCAUUAACGAGUUUGUCGCGGACUUAAAACUUGAUCCCGAUGUGGGGGCGGUGAUUGUGGGUCGGGAUGAGGGCUUCAACAUGGCCAAGUUGGUGCGUGCUGGCACCUAUCUGCUGAAUCCGGGGAUUUUAUUCCUGGGCACUUGCUUGGACGCCGCCUAUCCCAUUGGCAAUAAUCGGGUGAUAGUGGGAGCCGGUGCCACCUUGGCGGCCAUGAAAGCCCUUACUGGAAGAAAACCAUUGAUUUUGGGGAAACCCAAUCCAUGGACGGCGGCUCCACUCUUGCAAUCCGGUCUUAUAAAGCCGGAGAGCACCUUAAUGGUGGGCGAUACUCUUGAGACCGAUAUCCACUUCUCAGCGAACUGCGGCUUUCAGUCCUUGAUGGUUGGCAGUGGCGUAAAUAGCCUGAAGGAGGUCCACAAGAUCAUCGAGGAGGGCGACCCAAAGAAGAAAGUCUUGGUACCGGAUACCUACCUUCCCAGUUUUGGCCACUUGCUGGAGUUCCUCUGCUAGACCGCAUACAAAUUGUAAAUUAUUAUUGCCAACCAUUUCUGCAUAAAAUCAAUACCGCAAAAGAGCGGCCUGCCUUCAAUGUCACCCACAA